UUAGAAUAAAUAAUAAGAAGUCUUGCAUACCAAUUGGACAGACAGAAAAGUUUGUAUGCUCAACCUAUGAGUGCAAACAAUCACUAAAUUUCAUGGAAAUGGUAUUAACAUCGUAUGGCUGCAAGGACAAAAAUGGUGAUUGCGUUUACGAGUCAGGCAUAGUAAAUACUACGGCAUGUACACAGCAUACUUGUACAAGGACAGGAUGGCAGUUAAACUCAUAUGCAUGUUCAUACAACAACGAAUGCAUUCUAGAAGGCAACAGUGUAUAUAAUAAAACAGACUGUGUUAGACGAGUAUGUACAUUGACCAGAAAUAAGUCCGGCAAAAACAGACGUGUUGUUAUGGAAAUGAAAAUAGCUUACACAGGCUGUCCAUUUAAUGGUACUUGUAAAGGAGACAAAGAAAAAUGGACCGACGAAAAGUGCGUUGAGAGAAUUUGCAAAAUAACAAAACGGAGUAAUGGAUCAUACUAUCGGAAGAAUGAUAUUGUAAAACCAAAUUGUAAAGAUGCCGACGGCUAUUGUGUACCGAUUGGACAGAAGCUGAGUGCAAAUGUGGAUGGAACAAGAUACGAUGAUUGUAAGUGCUCGAGGAAAGGCAGGAAUGGAAACCAAGUCACGUGUAGCAAAACGGUUAUCAAGGGCAAUUCAAUCACACAUACUUAAGUCCUUAAAUUGUUGUUUUUAGAUAAUAAACAUUAAAUAUGGGUA